AGGGAGAGAGGAAAGGAAGAACACUUGUCUGUCUCUUCUUGAUUGAUUCUUGUUCCUCUCUUCUUGUGUUCCGAAUAAGAAGAAGAGCUAGCAUGGCCGCCGAGUCCGCAUUCGUCAGAAAUGGCGGGAGAAGCAGCAGCGCCGCCACUGCUGCCUUAUUCGGCAGCUCAACGUGGAAACAUUCCAAGAGAAAGACCCAGCAGUCUCUACACACUCACUGCGCCCAUGACAAGAACAGGUUCUACAAACAAUUGGGAUUAUUUUCAUUGAAAAAGAAGAUUGAAGAUGCUGUUCUCCGAGCUGAGAUGUUGGCCCCAUUGGCACUGGAGCUUGAAGAAGGAAGACGGAAUGAGCAAGAACAACUGAUACGCGACUAUGACCUCUGGGAUGACACUGCUGAGUCCAAUGAGGUUCUUGCCAAAUUGGCUGAUAGUGUUAGAGUGGUUGACGCUCUCAGAGACUUGACAUAUAAGGCUGAAGAAGCAAAACUUAUUACACAGUUAGCAGAGAUAGAUGCUAUCAAUUAUGGGCUUUUUAGGCAAGCAUAUGAUGCAUCUCUGGAUAUGAGCAAGAUUUUGAAUAAAUAUGAGAUUUCCAAGCUUCUUAAGGGACCAUAUGACAUGGAGGGAGCAUGUCUAAUUAUAAAAGCUGGUGGCACAGGCUACCCUGAGGUUUGGGUAAAACAACUACUAAGCAUGUAUACCAAAUGGGCCAGAAAGCUAGGUUACAAAGGAAGGGUAGUAGAGAAGCAUUCUUCCACGAAUGGUGGCAUCAAGUCAGCAACUAUUGAGUUUGAACAUGAGUUUGCUUUUGGUUAUCUAUCAGGAGAGGCAGGUGUGCACUACAUCAUAAAUUCUAAAACUGGAUCUGCUGUGCACGAGGCGGCUAGCUCAGCAAGUGUGGAUGUUGUUCCUCUAUUUCUUGGACGAGCUUAUGACAUACAAAUUGACGAGGAAGAUUUAGUUAUUGUAUUGCCAUCAAAGCUUGAAGAAAAGCAGAGCCAAAAUGGUCCUUUAGUUUACAUUCACCAUAAACCCACAGGCAUAAGUGUCCAAUCAUCAGGUGAGAGGAGCCACUUUGCAAAUAAGAUGAAAGCCAUGAACCGAUUGAAAGCCAAGCUUCUCAUCCUUGCAUUGGAACAAGGAGUUAACAAGCCUAGUGAUAUUAAGAAAGAUGAGAUUGUCAAUGUGUGGCAAAAGGAGACUCGAAGAUACAUGUCUCAUCCACAUAAGUUAGUCAAGGAUGUAAAAACGGGUACCCAACUACCUGACCUUAUGUCUGUUUUGGAUGGAAAUCUUGAACCUCUUAUUGCUGCUCAUAUUAACAUAAGACAGUAAUGUGACAUGGUCUAGAUUUCUAACUUCUCUUUUUGAUGAAACUGCAA